AUGCUGCCGCCCGCGCCGCGCCGCGACCCGGGGCCGGAGGCCGCGCGGGGGCGGCCGGGGGGCGCCGGGGGCCGCGGCCGGGGCGCGCCGGGGCCGGGGGCGCGCGGGCCGGGGCCGGCGCCGGGCGACGGCGCGCGGGCGCCGCGGGCCGGGCGGGCGCCGGGGCGGGGGCGGGGACCGGGACCGGACAAGGCUCCCGUCAGGGGCCGGCGGGCGGGCGCGCGCUGGGCGCCGGGGGGGCCCGGGGCGGCCGGGGCGGCCGGGGGCGGCGAGCGGCCUCGGGCCCCCGCUCACGGGGAGGCGCCUUCCCCGCGCCCGUGCCCAGCGGCGGCCGGUGCGCGGCGGCGGCGGCGGCUGCUCCUCGUCGUCGUCGUCGUCGCCCGGGAGGCGGCCGCCCCCAUCUCCCCCCGCGCCGCAGGGUCUGUCACUGCGGGCCGCCCCCCGACGGAGCCGCCCCGGCCAUGCCGUCGCCGCCGCCCGCGCCUCCGCCCAGGCCGGCCGUUACCCCGGGCCGCGGGCGCGGCGUCGCCGCUUAGGGAGCGCUGGGGGCCGCGGCGGCGGAACGGGCGCUGGCGGGGGAGGGACGCGCGGCAGGAGGCGCGGAGGGAUCCGGCCGGGACUCGCAGGCCUUGCAGCUCCCGCGCGGCGGACGGAUCCGGGGCCAAGCGCGGCGGUGGCGGUGGCGGUGGUGGCGGUGGCGGUGGCGGCGGUGGCGGUGCCGUUCGAGGAGCGGAGGGAUCGUCGCGCUCGCGGCUGACGGGCGGCCCGGACCAGCGAAGUGGGCGGGGUGGCCGCCUCUCGCGACAGCCCGGACAGGCCGGGCCCGCCCCCCUUCCACUGAUUGGCUCUGGCGGCCUGUUCUCGCCCCGUGAUUGUUCCGGGUCCCCAAUCCCAUUCGCCCAUGCCGCGGCCACGCCUACCCGGGAGCUGUCGAUCACGGGAGAGCCCCCGCUUCCCGUCCUUCGGCCGCCGUCGGGACGCGAUUGGUUCGCAAAGAUCAGAGAGGCGGAAAACCAGAGGUGUCUGUUGCUUGCCAGCUUUUCCAGCCAUGACUGCAGACAAAGUCCACCUAGAGUCAUAAAUGGGCAAUCAGCCCCGAGCAACGUCCAGCCCCGGUUUCUGCACAGCCAGACGUUUUUGUCCAUGGCAGACCUGCUUACCCGGCUAUCUUCGGUGUGGGACUGGAUGCGUAUUUCCCCAGUGGGAAUGGCCUGAGGUCUCAUUUAAAGUGGAGGGUCCUAGCCAGGCGUGGUGGCUUACACCUGUAAUCCCAGCAGUUUGGGAGGCUGAGGCAGGUGGAUCACUUGGAGUCAGGAAUUCAAGACCAGCCUGACCAAUAUGGUGAAACCCUCUCUUUAAAAAAAGAAAAGAAAAGAAAAAAGUGGAGGGUCCUAGGCCUAGCCCCACAUAUGGAGUCAGGAUCCCUGGGGAUAGGACCUUGGAAUCUGCCUUUUUUUCUUUUUUGAGACAGGGUCUCACUCUGUGGCCCAGAAUGGAGUGCAGUGUUGUGAUCUCGGCUCACUGCAACCUCCAUCUCCUGAGUUUAAGUGAUUCUCCUGCCUCGGCCUCUCGAGUAGCUGGGAUUACAGGCACGCACCACCAUGCCCGGCUAAUUUUUUGUGUUUUUAGUAGAGAUGGGGUUUCACUGUGUUGGCCAGGCUGGUCUCGAACUCUUGAUGUCAAGCCGUAUACCCCCGCCUCAGCCUCCCAGAGUGCUGGGAUUGCCAGGUGUGAACCACGGUGCCUGGCCAGAAAUCUGCAUUUUUGCCGGUAAUGCUGGUUAGCACACACCAAAGUUAGAAAUUACUGUUGGGGUGCAGAGUUCUUGUUUCCGGGGCCUGUGGGUUGAACAACAACCACAGUAGUUAUUAGAGUUUUCAGUCUGAAACACAUGCCUCUGCCCAACAUGGGCUUCCUCCCGUUUUACAGAUGGGAAGCCUGAGGCUUCAUAAGGCUGUUAUGGACCUGAGGUCACACAACCGUUUGCUCCUGGUUCUUAGCAUUAAGUUUUGCAGCCUUAUUUCUGUUGGAUUCUUGUUUCUGACAUUUCUGUGUUUCUAGCACUGAGUUGUGAUAUCCUCUGAAAGCCAAGGAUGCAUUCACUGCCGACCUGGGUGUUGUUUGUUUGUUCUCACCUUUUAUUGUGAAAAUGUGCAAAGAUCCUCAAAAGUCGGGAGAAUCGUAUGGUGAUUCCUCACAGUCCCUGCUGGCCGGCUUCAGCAAGGAUGACAUUUUGCCAUGCUUACUUCAUCCGUUUCUGUCACCCCACCCCUGACAUACACACAUGUUCUUUCUGGAGUAUUUUCAAGCAAAUAGAGGAUUUUAAAAAACA